CUGUUUUUAGCUACAUUUUAAACUAGGCUAUUUCCCAGGAAAGUCCCACCUGAUCCAAUGUUUUUUUUCCAGCAAGUGGCCAAUAUGAUGAUCAGGAUGAAGAGAGAGUUUACAGGAAGCCAAAAUUCAAUAUUUCCUGUUUUUGAUAAUCUCUUGUUGCUCGAUCGAAACGUGGACUUAUUAACGCCUCUCGCCACUCAGCUUACAUAUGAAGGACUCAUUGAUGAAAUUUAUGGCAUUCAGAACAGUUAUGUGAAAUUACCUCCGGAGAAAUUUGCACCGAAGAAGCAGGGCGAUGCUGGGAAGGAUCUCCCCACGGAAGCAAAGAAGCUUCAGCUGAAUUCUGCAGAGGAGCUCUAUGCUGAGAUCCGAGACAAAAACUUCAACGCGGUGGGCUCCGUGCUUAGCAAGAAAGCAAAGGUCAUCUCCGCAGCGUUUGAGGUGAGGCACUUUGGCUGUGUCGUGCUGCAGCUCUGGGUCACAGGCUAGACUGCACCCCCCCCCCCAAGGAGAGGAAGAGCCUCUGGGCUUCGGUGCAGGUGCACAUUUCUCUCCUAACGUGCAGGGUUUCUUUUGGAACUUGUUCCCAGGCCCCAUGACAGAAGGUGUAAGUUGGCUCCUUUUUCUGCAGGGUGG